AUGAGUAGUUCAAUUAAUGAAGAUAGUAGCGAUCGGGGACAGUUGUCAAGUUCACCAUCGAGGGAUAAGAAGAGAUCAUUUGGAUUGGAAGAUGAUUUUUUUUCAUUAAGUUCAUCCAGUGAUAAGAAAAAGAAGAAGAAAUCAAAGCAUAAAUCAAAUCAUCAUCACCAUCAUCAUCAUAAUCAUCAACUGGAUAUAAAUGAAAGUUUCGAAGAUAAAAUUAUACUGAAAGACUCUGUGCUUGAUAUUAGAGAUAAAUCUGAAGAUACAGAUGUAGAUAUAAUCACAUCAUCAAUAAACAAUGCUAGUAAUAGUGACACAAACAAAGAUGUGGUUGAAGUUACGAGGAAGAUAAGCGCUAUAGUUGAUAGAGAUGCUAUUCGAUCACGAUUACAGAAAACGCUUAAGAAGAAACAACCUGAUACCAAGAAAGAUGAGUUAUUAUUGGAUGAUGAGACAGAAGAUAAAGAGUUGGAGUUUUUUCGAGAAGAUCGAUCAUUUUCACCUUCAGUACCUGAAAAUGAAGAUUUAUAUACUUUUACUGAAGAAAAUGAAAAGAAACGACAAUAUGUGAUAAAAGUAGUUAUUAAAUUAGAUGUUCCUACUGAUUUUAAUCCUAUUGAAUCAACUGAUUUUGGGACGAAUGGAAUUAAAAAAUUUGAAAAAAUUCAAAGAUCAAUUCUAAAAUAUUUUAAAACAAAGUUUACAUCAUCAGGGUUUACUCCAGUCCAAAUCAAAGCAUAUGAUUUUGAAAACACAAGUUUAAUUUGGGUUGAAGGUAAGAUGGAGAUGAAACCAUUUUAUAAACCCAGUACACUUCGAAUUAAACCUCCUAUGGAUAUUUUAACCAAUACUGUACAUCCCACUGUUAUCAAUUGUUUAUUAAUACCGAAGGAGAAUGUCAAUAAGCUUGAAUUAUACUUUGAUAAACGAACAUUGACAGUGCCAAUUGAUAUAGAAGAAGAAGUUGAAUCAUUUAUAGAAGAUGAAAUUCAAGAGGUUAAUAAUAUUGGAUAUAGUAGUGUAUUAGAUGAUGAAGAUGAAGAUGCAGACUUAGAUGAUGGUGAAUUGGUUGAGACGGUUGAGAUUGACGAUGAAGAGAAAGAUGAAUUUUUCACCAUUGGAUUAAAAGGGAAAGACAAUAAACGAAUAUCUAUAAAAGUAUCACCAAAGACCCAAAUUCGAAAAUUAUUAUUACAUUAUUUAAAGAUUAAGAAUAUUGAUGAGAAACUGAUUAAUAUUAACAAAGCGAAAUUGAUAUUUGACGAUGAAGAGUUGGAUUUAGACGGAAUAGUAGAAAACACUGAGUUAGAAGAAGAUUAUGAAGUUCAAGUUGUAAUAUAA